AAGCUCUUCCCAGAAAGACUCCUUGAAAAGACUUGGCAAGUCUGAUCAUGCAUUGGCUGUGGAAAUUUCGGGGCCUUUGCACCCUAUGGGGUCCUCAGAUGUCCGGCCACACUCUCUACAUUAAUAUAAGGCAACUGGCGUCUGUGCCGUGGGGCCACCAGGAACUGCCUGCCAAGUUUAACUUUGCUAGAGAUGUGAUGGAUCACUGGGCUGACAUGGAGAAGGCUGGCAAGCGACCCCCAAGCCCAGCCCUGUGGUGGGUGAGUGACAGUGGGGACCAGAGGAUGUGGAACUUCAGAGAACUGAGUGAUGUCAGCCAGCAGGUAGCCAAUGUCCUCUCGGGGGCCUGCGGCCUGCAACGUGGAGACCGCGUGGCAGUGGUGCUACCGCGAGUACCUGAGUGGUGGCUGGUGACCCUUGGCUGCAUUCGAGCAGGCCUUGUCUUCAUACCUGGGACCAUCCAGCUGAAAUCCAAUGACAUACUCUAUAGACUACAGAUGUCCAAGGCCAAGGCCAUUGUGGCUGGUGAUGAAGUGGCCCAAGAAGUGGACAUGGUGACACCUAAAUGUCCUACACUGAGAAUUAAGUUACUGGUGUCAGAGAAAAGCCGGGAUGGGUGGCUGAACUUCAAGACACUACUAAAAGAGGCAUCUAUCACGCAUCACUGUGUGGAGACUGGAAGCCAAGAAGCAGCUGCCAUUUAUUUUACUAGUGGAACCAGUGGCCCUCCCAAGAUGGCGGAACACUCUCAUGCAAGCCUGGGCCUCAAGUCCAAGAUGGAUGCUGGCUGGACAGGUCUGCAGGCCUCUGAAGUUUUAUGGACCAUAUCAGACACAGGUUGGAUACUGAACGUCAUAGGCUCGUUUAUGGAACCUUGGUCAAUAGGAGCAUGCACAUUUAUCCAUCUCUUGCCAAAAUUUGAUCCAGUGGUCAUUCUAAAGGUGCUGUCCAGCUACCCAAUCCACAGCAUGAUAGGUGCCCCCAUUGUUUACCGGAUGUUGCUACAACAGGACCUUUCCAGUUACAAGUUCCCACACUUACAGAGUUGCUUCAGUGGAGGGGAGACCCUGCUCCCAGAGACCCUGGAGAACUGGAAGGCCAAGACAGGACUGGACAUCCGAGAAUUCUAUGGCCAGACAGAAACGGGACUGACUUGCAGAGUUUCCAAGACAAUGAAAAUCAAACCAGGAUACAUGGGAACAGCCUCUCCCCGUUAUGAUGUGCAGGUCAUAGAUGAUAAUGGCAAUGUCCUACCUUCUGGCAAAGAAGGAGAUAUAGGCAUCAGGGUCAAACCCAUCAGGCCUAUUGGCAUCUUCUCUGGCUAUGUGGACAAUCCCCAAAAGACAGCAGCCAACAUUCGAGGGGAAUUUUGGCUUCUGGGAGACCAGGGAAUCAAGGAUGAAGAUGGUUAUUUCCAGUUCAUGGGGCGGAAAGAUGAUAUCAUUAAUGCCAGUGGGUACCGAAUUGGGCCCUCAGAGGUAGAGAAUGCACUGAUGGAGCACCCUGCUGUGGUCGAGACAGCUGUGAUCAGCAGUCCAGACCCUGUCCGAGGAGAGGUUGUGAAGGCGUUUGUGGUUCUGGCCCCACAGUUCCUGUCCCAUGACCCGAAUAAGCUCACCAAGGAGCUGCAGCAGCAUGUGAAGUCAGUGACAGCUCCAUACAAGUACCCAAGGAAGGUGGAGUUUGUCUUGGACCUGCCCAAGACUGUCACUGGGAAAAUUGAGCGGACCAAGCUUCGAGACAAGGAGUGGAAAAUGUCUAGGCAAGCCCAGGCCCAAUGAUAGGUCCACAAGGCUCUCAUUUGGACUC